AUGGCUGAAACUGAUCAACAACAAUUAAACACUUACAAGGCAGUGUCAAUCAUUACUUUGAUUCUUUCCAUUUAUGGAGGAUUAAAAUAUUCCGGAGUUCCAGAAAAUUAUUUAUCUCAUACUCCAUACUCUGGCAGUAACAUCUUGUUGAUCAUCUACUGGGGGGUAUUGUAUCUUUGGCAAAUCUUGUACACGGUACAAACAUUUUUCCCUGAUGAAUAUCGUUUGCUGAUUGUUCAAUUGGUUGGAUGGCAUUUCCCCAUUUUCAAUGUAUUGCAUUAUGUUUGGGCCGAAUUGUUUACUUCAGGACAUUACUUUUGGAGUGAAGUAAUUGUCAUUGUCAAUUUGUUCAAUAUCUUGGGAUUGUACUUCAGUCACAAGACUUUUACAUUGAGACCAGUUGGCAAUUGGUUAUUGAUUCAUGCUCCAUUGGUUGCUUUGCCAUUCUCAUGGUUGUUGUAUGUACUUUUCUGGAAUGGAGCUGUUUGGUUACACAUUCACAAGACUUGGGGUAGAAUUGUUGCCAAUGUCUUUAUUUGGGAUUUCUUGUUGGUUCCAGGAUUGUUUUUGUUGAUUUUUAAUGAUUGGGCUAUUGGGUUUAGCUCCUCCUAUCUCAUGUUUGCCUUGGCUUUUGGACAAUUGGCAACUAAAGUCUUUGCUUUGCAAUGGAUCUUUGCUUUUGUUAUUGCUGGUAUUUUGGUGGUUUGGAGUGCUGGAUCAAUGAUUAUUGGUGGGGUAAGACAAGCAAGUGGAGAAUCGGCUCCUUUAUUGGUUGUUGAAGAAGAAAGAGUUGGUGGUAACUAA